AUGCGGUCAGUUCAAAAGGAAUGGCAUGUUCUUGAAAAGUCAAAGACGGUGAAGGCCUUUCGUUGCGGAGAUUAUGACGGUUUCAUUGACAAUGCAAAGGCUGCUGCUGCUGCCGCGAGCUCUAGUAGUAAGAAGUCUGUCAAGUGUACUCGCCGAGAAGUUGCCAUUAACAGUGCUCUCGAGAUUGAGAAUGCUCAUCUUGCAGAAGAAGAUCAUCCAGGUGAUAAUCUGUGUAGCUCAUCCGGUGAGGAGGAUUCUAAAAGGCGUGUUUCCGGUGAAGACGAUGAGGAGGAUUCGGACUCUGCUGGUGAAGGAGAGGCUGUGGAGCAGUUGCAAUCCAGUAUGUCUUCCCAAGAAAUGAAUAACGUUGUAGCCUUGAAGGUGCAGCCAAAGAGAAGAAGAACGCCUAAUGACUCGGAAGAUGAUGGGACUGAAGGGAUUAAGCGAAUGAGAGGGCUUGAGGAUAUUGGGAAAGAACAUGUCGGCGCUAUUGUCGAGCAUAGGCAAGAAAUGGGUUUGAUCUGUGAUGUGAAGAACCACAGUGAUUCAAUGUCGAAUGGAGACGUUGUUGUUGCCAAUGGGAACAAGGUACGCUCUCCGUUGUCGCUGAAAAGAAAAAGGUCACAAAUCGUUAUUGCAAAUGAGUGCUCUAAAAGGAAAAACAGGCGCCGGCAAUUGACAAAGGUGUUAGAGAGUACAGCUAUGGUCUGUGUCCCUGUUACCUGUGACCAGCUUGUCAUUUCUGAUUGUCAGGAGAUUUAUGACAGCAAAGUAUCAGGGAGGGACUCUGUCGAAUCCAUUAAAAGUGUAUCUAUCGUAAUCAACAAUAACUCAGACAGCACCGAGAUUUCAUGCGAGAAUGCUUCUGAAAAUGUUGUCGUGGCCUCCCACAACAACAAGGCUAAAGACAGUGAGAUUUCCAGUGUAUCAGUUUCGGCGGAGGAUGAUUCUUCUGACCAAUUGUAUGAUGUUCCACUUACUGGAGAAGAAAAACACUCGGCAGGUUUUCCGGCAGCUUGCACAAUUUCCUCACCGAGGAGAGAUCUUGUUUCUGGUAUGACGAGACGGAGUGGUCGUAGUAGUCAUGAUUUGUUUGUUAAGAAAGAGGUAAAUAAUGGAUCUGCUUGUACAAAUCCACCAGCUGAACAACUAGUCAAUUGUAAUCUGAACGGGGAGGUUGAGAAGAACACUUCGAAGUGGCAGCUAAAAGGAAAGAGGAACUCAAGGCAGAUGAGUAAGAAACAAGAAGCGAGAAGAAAUGUGUACGGCGAAGAAGCCAAUAACAACAUGGCUUUGUCUCUUUCUGUGCUGCACGAGGUGAAGAUUGAGGUAAAAGCCAGCUAUAACAAACCUCGCAACGUCCCGCUGGUUUCUCGUAUGAGUGAACUGAAUGGUAAAGCCAUUGUUGGGCAUCCUCUAACUGUUGAAGUCUUGGAAGAAGGCUACUGCAACGGCAUGGCGAUGAUGUCUCAAGCUGUUGUGAAGGCGGCGAAGUCGUUGCCCAAAAAGAAGGGCAAGAAGAGGAAAUCACAUGGUGCCUUACGAAAGUCAAAGAAGAAAUCGUCUUCCCUUUCGAUAAAGACAAGGCGGCUCUCCACUCUAACGAGCCAGAAGCUGACGGAAAGAAGCAAGAAGCAGACAACAGAAAAGGCAAAGGAAACGGUUGUUGCUUGUAUACCGUUGAAAGUAGUCUUCAGUAGGAUAAACGAAGUGUUGAAAGGCUCAGCUAGACAAACGCAACACCGAGCUUUACCAUCUGCAGGCAAAACAUGA